AUGGUGGAUUUAUGGUUGGAUUUUCUGGGCGUUCUUUGUACCGAGAGAUUUUUCUUGGGGUUUGGUGGUUCUGUUGAUCUGUUACCUGCCUUGGUUGGGGUGAUGACGAAUGCCGAAAUGAGUUUGAGUACCUACCUAGGUGCUUCUAUAGUACUCGGAACUUCCGUAAGUGAGGUUAGAGAUCAAGGUGAAUGUGAAGGUCUCGAUGGCUGGUGGCUCUUUAAACAAAUCUUUCUUGUUGGUGAAUAA